AGGUGACGGAUUUGUUUUGAAUGAAACUGAAAGUACGUACAGCUGUUUUAUACUAGAUCUAUACUUUAUUGUUUUUACGUCUGUCCGUAAAAAAAAAAACAACAACAAUAAAUUAACAGAAAAAAAAAUGGCCUUGCCUGGUUUUGAAUUAUUAUACUCCUCAGUAGCAUCGAAUAUAAAGUCAACAGAUGAUGCAGCUAUAGUUGCAGUUCAUUGGAAUUUAAUUUCAAAUGGUCUCAAGUGUAUUGGAAGUGGUGAAAGUUUACCAGAAAGACAAAAUGAAAACUAUACAGGAUCAGAAUCACUUCCUCCUGACUGGAACAGUGAUAGCAAUAUUUAUGCCCUUCGUUAUGUUGAUCCAACCUCCAAUAGGACAUACCUUAUGAAAGCUUUAGCGAUUGACGGAAGCCUUAUCAUUCAUCUUUUGAGAUGUUUUGAUGAGAAAACAGUCAGCUGUACAAUUAGAAGUCGUGAUUAUGUUAAUGCAGACAGAUCCAGCUAUUCAAGCACAUUUAACAAUCUCACUGAGCUCAACUUGACCCUCACCAAUGACCUAUACAGGCAACUCAUUGACAUCCCACAGAACACAGAAAGUAAAGCAGACUUGAGCAAAAGUCAGCCACAGCCAGACAGGUCACCCCUGAUGGCUGAUCCAAGACGAGGCACAUCUUCAGGUGGACUCGGUUUCACCCCUCCCAGGCAACCCUUUAGGACUGACAUCAAUGAUCCAUUCAGUGUCGGUCGUGCAGAUCUUGAUCCAUUGAGUGGGGGCAGAGGCGGAGGUAUGUUUAUGGAUCCUCGAAACUUUCCAAGCCCUGGAGGCUUUCGGCCAGGUGGACCUAUGGGUGGUUUCUAUCCUCCAGGAUUUCCUCCGGGCUCAGUGCCACCUGGUGCACGUUUUGAUCCAGUGGGUCCACCUGGGGUACGCCCAAUGCCAGACCCAGAUCAUGAGAGACCUCCUGACAGUUAUGAUGAUAUGUUUAUGUAAAUAUAUUUUGGAGAAAGCCAUUCAGCAAAAUGCAUACAAUAGUGUUUCAAUUUUUUUUUCUAUUUGAACUUUGAAUACAAUAUAAAUUCAUAAUUUCAUAAGGAUGAACAAAUUUGUUUCUAUUAUUAUUUGAAAUAUAUAAAAGGGUAUCUAAAUUUUAAGAAGCUAGGCGACUUCUGUCCAUUAAUCUUGAUACAAAAACUUGUUCCAUAGUCUGUCAGACUCUAGUAUUACUAAUUGCUGACUAGGGAACAUGAAAAAGAAUCAAGACAACUGUGUGUAAUCACACAAUGAGCAUCUCUUCUCUUUAGUAGAAUGUUCUUGUUUUUUUUUUUUGUUUUUUUUUUAAAUUAAAAGAGUCACAUAACAUUUCCAGUAAGGAUCAAUAAAGCGGGCUAGGUGGUUGAGUGAUAAACUGCUUGGCUUCCAAACUGAAUGGUCUCAAGUUCAAAUCUCAGUGAAGGCUGAGAUUUUAAAUUUCUGGAUUUUUAAGCUACCCCUGAUUGUUGCUUGAAAGUUGCGAAAGUAAAGGCAGUUGGUCAUUGUACUGGCCAUUGUUAAAUGUUUGCCAAAGAAACAGAAGGCCUUUACAUCCUUUUCCCCAUAGAUUGCAUCUGAAAGGAUGUACCUAUUUUUUUUUUCAAUAAAGCAGAGUCUUUGUUUUAUUCUUUUAUGGCUUGAUCAAAUUUAUCUAUAAUUUAUAUAAAUUUAAUUAUUAGCCAUGGCUGAUCAGUGGUGUCAUGUCGAGCUCCCAAAAGUCUUUGAAAGUGUUUGUUCAGCAGAACUAACUCAGUUGGUUAUUGUGUUUGUCGUGAAACACUUUUAAAAACACAAACAUCAAAAUGUGUAAGCCUACAACUGAUCUGCAAGGGCUGCUCGCGAGUUUGUGUUGACUCAAACUCCAUUCAUCUUAUUCUUAUUUUCAUCCUAGAAACUCAUCUAAAACAAUGUUGCUUUAUUUCUAGCAGAAGUAAACUUUUUGUAAUGAAACCAAUGUCCCCGUCGUUUAAUAAAUUUUACCUUAUUUGUGUCAGGGACAAAGUUUUUCAUAACAUUCAAAGUGGUCUUUGUUACUUCUUCUUUGUGAUACGGUUGCAAACAUGUGUGAGAUGCGAUCAAAGGGCAGUAAAAAUGUAUCGAUAUUUUUGCGAAAUUAAAAAAAUGAGUUAUCUAUCUUUA